CGAUGGGGCUGGCGGCGGCUGCGGCGCUCCGGAGCGGGACGGGCUCCACGCCUGCCUGUGGGGCUGUUGCUGCCGUUGGUAUUUGAAGGAGUUGCGAGAGUGCGUGGUCCCGAACAAAACCCUCUCCAAUGCAGCCACUGCAACUGCUCCCUGAAGCCUUUCUGAUGGUGCCCCUGGAGAACCUAUUGCACCACAGAGAUUCCCUCCAGCUUUGCAUCUUAAGGUGUCAUUCUUAAUGGCAACUGCAUCUUCUUCAGCUUUCUAGAGAACCCAAGCAGAUGAAGCUGACGGAUCAUUUGUUGUAUUGGUUGAAGCUGUGAUCCCAGCUGCCUUGAACCGAGUCUGCACUUGGGUUAACUCAGCAUGCCUCACUCACUGCUGCAGUCAUCCAAGUCACAGACGACAGGUGUCCUUGAGGAGUUUCACCAUUACUCUUCCUUGGCCAGACUCAUGUCAAUCUACAAAGCAACCAACAGGACCUUCUUCAACUGGACAGACAGCCGAAUUGUUGAGUGGGAGAAAUUUGCUGAGCUGGCUAAAUAUGAGCCAGAAUCCCAGAAACCAACAGUGAAAGCUCUCCUAAUUGUGGCCUAUUCGGUCAUCAUCAUCAUGUCGCUCUUUGGGAACAUGCUGGUGUGUCAUGUGGUGUUUAAGAACAAGAGGAUGCACUCAGCCACCAGCCUCUUUAUCGUCAACCUUGCAGUGUCAGACAUUAUGAUCACACUGCUCAACACUCCCUUCACCUUGGUUCGAUUUGUGAACAGCACAUGGAUCUUCGGAAAGGCCAUGUGUCAUAUCAGCCGCUUUGUGCAGUACUGUUCCCUCCACGUCUCCACACUGACCUUAACAGCCAUCGCCCUGGACAGGCACCAGGUCAUUCUGAACCCCCUAAAGCAAAGGAUGUCGCUGACAAAAGGAGCGUUGAGCAUCUCUGUUAUCUGGCUGAUGGCAACCUGCUUCUCCCUACCCCAUGCUAUCUACCAGAAGCUUUUCCAGUACAACUACAGGGAAGCCACUGUCCGGAGUUUGUGCCUACCUGAUUUUCCUGAGCCUGCAGAACUGGUCUGGAAAUAUCUGGACCUGUCCACCUUUCUCCUCCUGUAUCUCCUGCCCCUGCUUAUCAUCAUUGUCACCUACACACGCCUGGCCAAGAAGCUGUGGCUGCGCAAUGCCAUAGGAGACAUCACCACGCAGCAGUACAUCACCCACCACAGGAACAAGAAGAAGAGUAUCAAGAUGCUGGUGGUGGUGGUGGUGGUCUUUGCUGUCUGCUGGUUCCCCCUCAACUGCUAUGUUGUGCUCAUCUCCAGCCUGGGUAUCAAGGCAAAGAACUCUCUCUACUUUGCUCUGCACUGGUUUGCCAUGAGCAGCACCUGCUACAAUCCUUUUAUCUACUGCUGGCUGAAUGAGAGCUUCCGCUCAGAGCUCAAGUCCUUGCUCUGCAUGUGUCAGAAGGUGCCACAGACUCAGGACAAUGUGCUGCAACCUGUGAUCAUGUCCUGCCGAGAGGCAUGGAUGGAGCAAGCCAGAUACAAGAAGGGACCUUCCUCACAGACCUUUUGCUCUACUGUGAACAUCCGGACAGCCAACACUGAUUUGUAAGCCAAAGCACUGAGGUGAGUUAGCUGAAUUCCAGGGAGCCUCAAGGGCAUUUCCCAGCUGCUCCUGAGAGAUCUACAUUGCUGCUCCUACUAACUUUUCAUAUGUUGCUUAUUUGUCCCACGGUAGCACCCACUUUACUCAAUGCUGUGGAAGCAUUCAAAUAACCUCUGCCUCAGACCCCAUGGUUGUUUGCAGAGCAACAGGAAUGUACACAUUUUGACAUGUGUUUAAAGGAAGAACCAUGAGAGCAAGGGUUGACUCUAUCCAGAUGAUGUUUCUCCAGGUAAUUUAUACCCAGGUGGACACAGCGCUCAGGGUAAGUGCCACAGUCAACAGCAAUAAUGACUUAAGAUAGGGUUGCUCUUCCUCUAGAUCUGUAGAAGCAACAGCUGAAAAGUACCCCCAAAAUAAAAGUAGAGUAGCAGUAGCAGAGCUAAGCAAGUGGCAGAGGAGAGGGAGCAAGCAACCGAGGUCAGGGAGAAGCACAGUGGGAACAGCUGAUGGUGGCACUGGCGGCCCACCAGGGAGGGUGGAGGUCUCCAGCAGGGUUAUGCAGAUAGAGUUAGGGGAAUAAUUUAAUCCUGCCACCAGAACUGUAUGAAUAAAGGUGUCGAGAAGGCAGGAGAUGGCCUGGACUCUAGUAAUCCUGGCACCGUAGGAUUAACAGAGAACAUGGCAAGCAGAAUGAUGUGCUGCGGCCAUGCGGCAACCACACUCCAACCCAUGGCACAGCCCCAGGGGCAGCAGAUCCUCUGCGUGGGGAGGGAUCAUAACCACAUCACUAUUUUACACUAGGACUCCAGUUUUGAAGUAGAUCCUAAUUUCAUUCAGUCUAUUGAGAAUUUCUUUUAAUUUUCAUUAUAGCUGUAUUAAUUCAGCAAAUAAAUCUAUAAUGGCACUAAGUAAAGGCCACAGAAUAUUUUGUCAGGGCUGUAGCAUUCACUAACUGAACAAUGAAAUCA